CUACAACUAGUACGGUUUAAAAUAGACGCCGGCCACCGGUCUCUGGCCGCCGCGACGCGCCGGCUUUAUUUUAAUAUAUCGACCACGUGAGCGGACCCGGUUUUCCAAAAAAGUUCCGAAGAUACGCCCCGUAACAAGUUCUGUUUUGAUUUUGUUUUCCAGGAAAAAAAAUGGCUUAUUGUUGGGACAACAGGGUGGCUUUCGUAGUUAAGUAUCUCUAUGAUCUGGAUAAUAAUGGUUUCUUAGAUGAACGAGAUUUCGCCUGCCUAGCUUUAAGAGCCACAAUCAUUGAGGGAAAGGGCGAAUUCAGUUUUUCCAAGCUUCAAGAAAACCAACACAUUAUGCUUAGUUUAUGGGAAGAAAUAGCGGAAUUGGCAGAUUUCAAUAAGGAGCUAUUGCAGGACGGCAAAAUCACCACCGACGAGUUCAAGCAGGCGGUGCAACAAUGCUGCGUGGGCAAACGAUACGAAGAUUUUCCUCAAGCCAUGAAGAUGUUCAUCGAUUCCAAUUUCAAAAUGGUCGAUAUCAACGACGACGGUGUCAUCGACGCUGACGAAUACCGGUACAACUGCAUCACGAAGUUUGCAAUUGACGAUGUAGAAAUCGUGGACGAAGCGUUCAAUAACUUGCUCAGUGAUGAUGAUAGAAGAAGAGGUGGAUUAACUCUAUCGAGGUAUCAAGAAUUGUAUGCCGAAUUUUUAGGAAAUCCUGUAGAGACUCCUGCUGUAUACCUAUUUGGUCCUUUGUCUGAGUUCUUUUGCGAGUAUGAAGUAUUAGAGUAAGAUUUUUUAAUAUUGCUAUGUGAAAUAAGUCUGACAUUAUAUUUUUUUCAUAAAGAAUAUUUGUCUUUGUCCCUUUUUAAUUUUUUUAUAAUAAGGAUAAGUCUAAUUUAACUAAUGAAAUAUCGUCUCUAGAUAAGUUUUUUGUUUUGUAUUUUUUUAUUUCAAUCAAUAAAAUAAACUUGAUAAAA